AUGAAAGACAUCUUCUCUACGGCUCACCUUGUCAUUGCUUGGAUCGGACUGGAGGAAGGCAACGUUGGCCUGCUCUUCGACUACCUGCGAGGGCUGAAACACACGGCUAGGCGCGAGAGAAACCAAUACCUGCGCUCCCAGAAGCGCAAGUUCGGCUUCAAGGACGCAAAGUGGUUUGUCACGCGGUCGUACUGGUCGAGGAUCUGGGUCGUACAGGAGUUCGCGCUGGCGAGGGAGUCGUGGGCAGCCCUGCAGCAGUUCCGUCCCUUUGGCAUCUCACAGCAGACGAACCUAUGGUUCAAGCACCUGUCGAAGCAAGAAACCCACCAUAGCAUCGAGAAGCACGUCGGGAGCUGCAGGGAGCUGUCGAGGUUGCGAAGGUCCUGGCAGACCGACCCGAAACGCCUCUCCUUCACCGACACGCUAGGGGCGCGGCCGCGCCUCACCAGGCUGCUGGUCUUCUCGAAAGACUACCAUUGCACAGACCCUAGGGGUCGGGUCUAUGGGCUCCUGGGUCUCACGGAGACUGAGGGCGAGGACCGAAUCCUUGCCGACUACGACAUCACACCUUUCCAGCUGUACCACCGCGUCAUGUUUCACCUACAGCAACAGGGCCAGAAGUUCCAGUGCCAGCUCUUCCGCGCAAGACUUGCUCAGGGACUCCAGAUCUGCGACCACGACGAUCUUCCGACAUCGGAUUUCAUCUACGAAGCGGUGGCCAGCCGUUGUGACCCGGCAACCUGGGAUCAGUUUGAGGAUGCUCUUGGGGUGGCCCUAGGAAUCACCGAGAAGAGAAAAUGA